AUGCAAGUACCGAACGGACCGGUCGGAGCUUAUGGACACACCGCGCGUAAUUACGCACCAGCAUCGCUGUACCCGCAGUACCAGGGAGGACAGUGCGAUUCAUCAUCGAAGCCACCCAGUGGGAAAUCUUUCACUAUUGAGGCUUUGCUCGCCAAACCAGAGGACAAACCCAGCGACCGUACGAGUCUUACUCAGCGCGGAGUGAAAUACGAACCAGCAGCACCUGUCCUGCCUUUUACCGGACACGUAGGCUUACAGAUGGGACCAGCAGCGUACGUCUACUCACCAAACAUGUUGCACUCAGCGAUCCACAGGCAACCUGGAUAUUCUAUCUACUGCUGCCCACCUUUCACCUACCAGUCCUCCUGUCGCGGCGCACUUUACGCUCAAGCUACAAUGCCCAAAGUCAACGUAGGGCUACAUUCGCUCAAAACUAAAGGUGGGAAGUCAAAAAGGAUGCGCACCAGCUUCACCAGCGAGCAGCUGUCCCGGCUGGAAAAGGAGUUCGCCCGGCAGCAGUACAUGGUCGGAUCGGAGCGAUUCCUCCUGGCUUCUUCUCUGCAGCUUACCGAGGCUCAGGUCAAAGUCUGGUUCCAGAAUCGACGCAUCAAGUGGCGCAAACAGAGUCUGGAACAGCAGCAGGCCAAACUGGCCAAACUGGGCCUGGCCGCUCCACCAAAAAGCCCCGGAUCUCAAGGCAACGAAGAUGAGGGCGAUGCGGAUGAAGAGUUCUCCGAUUCAGAAGCGGAUAUUAACGUAUCCGACGACUCCAAGCACCACUGUUAA